AUGCCGCCGAUGAGGAGCGACGGGGUGAUCAAGGCUGGCGCAAGGGAGAGGUCGUCGUCGCCGUGGAGGUCGCUCCUGGGCGGCUGCCUGGGCGGCGCGGCGGGCGACCACGAGGCGAAGAAGAAGGUCCGGCCGCGCUCCGGCGGCGGCGGCGGCGGCGGGCUGCGGCGGCUGUCAUUCACGGACCUGAGCGGCGCGGCGGACGAGGACCUGUCCAUCUCCCUCGUGGGGUCCAACCUGCACGUGUUCACCGUGGCGGAGCUGCGGGCGGCCACGGGCGAGUUCGCGGACGACAACUUCCUGGGCGAGGGCGGGUUCGGGCCCGUGUACAAGGGCUUCGUCGACGGCGGCGUCAAGCCGGGGCUCAAGCCGCAGGCCAUCGCCGUGAAGCUCUGGGACCCCGAGGGCGCGCAGGGCCACAAGGAAUGGCUGGCUGAGGUGAUCUUCCUGGGGCAGCUGCGGCACCCCAACCUGGUGAAGCUGGUGGGCUACUGCUGUGAGGACGCCCACCGCCUCCUCGUCUACGAGUACAUGCCCAACGGCAGCCUCGAGAACCACCUCUUCGUCAAACAGGUUCCUUCGGCGCUGUCGUGGUCGACCCGGCUCAACAUCGCCGUCGGCGCCGCGAAAGGGCUGGCGUUCCUCCACGACGCCGAGAAGCCGGUCAUCUACCGCGACUUCAAGGGCUCCAACAUUCUCCUCGACUCGGACAAGAAGCCGAAGCUGUCGGACUUCGGGCUGGCCAAGGACGGGCCGGAGGGCGACGACACGCACGUGUCCACGCGGGUCAUGGGCACGCACGGCUACGCGGCACCGGAGUACAUCAUGACGGGCCACCUCACGGCGAAGAGCGACGUGUAUAGUUUUGGGGUGGUGCUGCUGGAGAUCCUCUCCGGCCGGCACUCGGUGGACAAGACCCGGCCCAGCAGGGAGCAGAACCUGGUGGAGUACGCCCGGCCCGGGCUCAGGGACCCGCUCAAGCUGGCUCGCCGGAUCAUGGACCCGGCGCUGGAGGGCCGGUACCCGGCCGCCGCGGCGCAGAAGGCGGCCGCGGUGGCGCACCAGUGCCUGAGCAGCAGCCCCAAGAACCGGCCGGACAUGUCGGCCGUCGUGGAGGCGCUCGAGCCGCUGCUCUCCGUCACGGAGGACGUCGCCGUGGGUCCGGUGGUGCUGUUCGUGGCCGCGCCGGAGCCGGCGGCGGAGGAGAAGGAGAGGAAGGAGCGGCCGUCGAGGACGGCGAGGGACGUCGGCGCGCACCACCGGCGGAGGCUCCGGUCGCCGAAGGGCAGCCCCAGGAAGCGAGGGGCCGGGCCGAAGGAGGAGUUCUGGGUGUGGCACGUGCCGGCCGACGACGACAAGAAGCCGUGA